AAUUUGAGGCGAGUGGCCGGCGAAAUCCGGAACAGUAAUGGCCGCGCCGUGUGGGGAGAUUGUGACUGUGCAGCUGGGGCCCUUCUCUAACUGCCUGGGGGCCCAUUGGUGGAACCUGCAGGAUGCGGAAAUCUCUCGACAGUCACAUAAGAGACAGCAGGAGUCAGAGAUUUGCAGUGACGUGACCUACAGACAGGGGGUGACCCUGAGGGGGCGGCAGACUUACACCCCACGUCUCAUCGCCGUGGAUCUAAAAGGGGGUCUCAGCUCAUUGCGGGAAGAAGGUUUCCUGUACGAGGACAGAGACACCACCUGCGCCACCCCCGCCUGGACCGGAAAUCUAUCAACUCACCGGGAGGAGCCCCAGGAAACGAGCCCCUUGCAGGCGGAGCUUAGGAGGGAAAAGGGGGAGGAGCCGACAGCAGGAGAUGUACUGGGGGCUGAUGGGACAGGGCCGGUCGGUGGGGGCCCCGUAUUGGGGGCCCCUGGGAAAAGAUUCCUCUCUGAGCGCAGCGUGAGCGUCUGGUCCGACUUCCUUCAAACAAAUCUGCACCCCAAGUCGUUAUGUGUAGUGAGUCGUUACAGCCACGGUGGCAGUGGCACGGAGGGGCUGGAGGCUUACGGCCAGGGGGAGGCGCUGUUACAGGAGGCAGCGUAUGGGGAGGAGCUGGAGGACCGACUGCACUUCUUCACUGAGGAGUGUGAUUAUCUGCAGGGUUUCCACCUUGUCUGUGAUCUGCACAAUGGCUUCUCUGGAGGCGGAGCCAAGAUGGCUGAACUUCUGCACGAUGAGUAUCCUGGGCGGGGCAUCUUUAGCUUUGGUACAUACCCUGUGCCACCCACAGACAGAGAUCUGCACAGGGACAUGUACCAACUGCUGAACUGCAUCAUGGGAAUUGUCCAUCUGUCCAAUCACAGCUCUCUCUUCUGUCCGCUAACGCUCAGUUCCUGUCUGGGGCGGAGACCUGGCCCCCCUGUGGCCCUUCCCCACCUGCUCUAUGAUGCGGAGUCACAGUACCACAGUAGCGCCGUGCUGGCACUCACCUUGGACACCCUGAGUGCGCCCUACAGAACGGCCCCUUCCCGCCUACCCAUGGUGCAACUGGCCGACGCCCUCAGCUUCUCCGGCAGGAAGGUUAUGAUGGCGGCCUCCUCACUCCCAUUCCCGCUGGGAAGCUCCUCCCUCGCCGACGCCUUCCAGCCGUAUAUGGGGGUCCCGCCUUGGACCUGUCUGUCUGGCUGUGGGGGGCCACACAGAGGGGGGGAGAGCGGAAGCUUCUCCCAGUCAGUGGUUCUGAGGGGAGCCAGUCAGGCCCUGCAGAUCAGCCCCCUCCCCCCGGGGACGAGACCCCCGUCGGUGCUCCAUACGUGCAGCAGUGCUAGCGACACCCUCCAGUGUUACCUGCAGACCGUGGCUCCGGGGGCAGUCAGCUUGGCCAGUACCCUACCUGCCCCUUGUACCCUGCCUCCAACCUUCCCACAAUUCUUCUCUCCCUAUGUGACCAGAAGCGGCUUUACAGCGGAGACGCCACUCAGCGAGCCCUCAGCGGUGGAUUCCAUUCCGGCAUUGGCCGCCCUACAGACGGGGCGGGCCCUGGGGCCCACGCUGCAGGCCCUACACAAGGAAGUGCGGGGGGUGGAUGUGCGGCGCUGGCCCAGCUUCCUGACAGCGGGGGUAGAAGAGGGGCAAUUGGAGGAGACCCUGGAGGAGCUACAACGCCUGGCGCACUGUUACACCCCCGAGGGGGACAGUGACUAAACUUGCCCCACACUGCUGGGCAGCAGAGCCGGUCUUUUGCCCCCUGCAGGAAAUAAAUGCCCCCAUGAAAGCAG